GACUUUCGCACUCGUGAGUGUCUAUCUCCAUCCGAGACUGCAUGUUCCCUUCUCGCAAUGCGACGAUACGAUUAACUCGACUUGCCAGCUCGUUUACACGGCAUCGCUUACCCCAUCUGAUAGCGACCUCUAAACGCGUCGAGUCAGUCAAGAAAGGCGCGCUUUACUGCUGCUUCAGAUCUCUCUCAACUGCCACUAUGUCCAUCGAAAGCUUCACUCAGUCGCUUGCGGGCCUAUCAAUUCAGCCGCAUGCCGUCGUCUCGCAUGGCGAGACGAGCUCUCCGGCCGCGUGGCGGGAGGCCCUAGAGGCGAGCUCGUCUGCGCCGAAAUCGUUCGAGCUGAUCAAAACGCUGGUCUACAAGCCUAAGACGGCGAAGACGGCGACCCCUGUGCCGCUGGUCGUCAUCGCGCGAGAGAACACGGAUGUUGUCUCCAGUGCAGUGGGCAAGAAGCUCGGGCUGAAGGACCUGCGUUGGGCGUCGGACGACCUGCUGAACGAGUUUCUCUCGCUCGAUAAGAACUCGCUAUCCCCACUCGCCCUGACAGAGCAGACGUACCCAAAAGUCACCACCGUGAUCGACACCAGCAUUAUCUCCUCCUCCACCCCCUUCGCCGUCCGCGGCUUGUCCUCGAGUUCAACUCUCUUCCUGUCCGGCAAGGACAUCCAUGCGUACCUGAAGCGACUCUCGAGCGAACAGGCUCCGCUGCACGAGUUUGACUUUGAGGCUAUCAAGGUUGAAGUGGAUGGCCCUGCCAAGGCUGCUCCCGCGAAGAAGGAGAAGGAGGAGGCAAAGAUUGAGGGCGCGAUUCAAGUGGCGAUCGGCAUCAAAAAGGAGGUGGACUUUUCGGCCUGGUACACGAAUGUCUUGAUCAAAGCAGACAUGUUGGAUUACUAUAACGUCAGCGGUUGCUACAUACUCCGCCCGUGGUCAUAUAGCAUCUGGGAGGUCAUCCAAGAUUGGUUCAACGCGCACAUCCGCGACAUGGGCGUGCAGAACGCGUAUUUCCCGAUGUUCGUAUCGGCAAAGGUGCUUGAGCGCGAGAAGGACCACAUUGAGGGUUUCUCCCCCGAAGUGGCUUGGGUAACGCGCGCUGGAAGCUCCGAGCUCGAGGAGCCGAUUGCUGUCCGUCCGACAUCGGAGACUGUCAUGUACCCGUACUACGCGAAGUGGAUCAAGAGCCAUCGCGAUCUCCCUCUCAAGCUUAACCAGUGGAACAAUGUCGUGCGCUGGGAGUUCAAGAAUCCCCAGCCAUUCCUGCGUACACGUGAAUUCCUGUGGCAGGAGGGCCACACCGCACACCUGACGAAAGCUGAGGCCGACGUCGAGGUCCGCGAGAUCCUGGACUUGUACAGGCAGGUGUACGAGGACCUCCUUGCAGUUCCGGUCAUCCAGGGUGUCAAGUCCGAGAAGGAGAAGUUCGCAGGCGGUCUGUACACGACCACCGUCGAGGGAUUCGUCCCGACCACUGGACGCGGCAUCCAGGCAGGCACGUCCCACUGUCUUGGCCAGAACUUUUCGCGCCCGGAGAUGUUCAACAUCUUCGUCGAGGACCCGAAUGACCCGACCGGCCAAGGCAAGACAUACGUCUGGCAGAACUCGUGGGGCUUGUCGACGCGUGCCAUCGGUGUGAUGGUCAUGAUUCAUGGAGACAAUCAGGGUCUCGUGCUGCCUCCCCGUGUUGCUUCGAUCCAGGUCAUCAUCGUGCCGUGUGGGAUCACGGCGAAGGCGACGGACGAGUUGCGGAAUGCCAUCAACACGAAGUGCGAGGAGCUCGCGACCCGUCUCAAGAAGGUGGGCAUCAAGGCAAAGGCAGAUCUCCGUGAAGGUUACACUCCCGGCUGGAAGUUCAACGAGUGGGAGCAAAAGGGUGUUCCGCUCCGUCUCGAGAUUGGGCCUGCCGACCUCACGAAGCAGCAGACGCUCAGCGUGCGCCGCGACACGGGUGUCAAGGCUCCGCUCCCUCUGGCAGACAUCACGUCGUCUGUGCCGAAGUUGUUAGAUACGAUCCAGGCAGAGAUGUUCAAGCGUGCGCAGGACACAUAUUUCUCGCGCCUGAGGAAGGUCACACGCUGGGAGGACGUUGUGCCGACGCUCGACGACAAGUGCGUCGUCGUCAUGCCGUGGUGCGAGGAGGAGUCGUGCGAGGACGACAUUAAAGAGCGCAGUGCGCGGUCAGCGGAGCCUCAAGAUGAACGUGCGCCGUCUGCGGGAGCGAAGUCGCUCUGCAUUCCGUUUGAGCAAUCGAGGUGGCCAGCGAUUGAGCCUGGCAAGACGAAAUGCGCGGCGUGCGGUAAGGAUGCAAAGAGGUGGACGAUGUUCGGCCGCUCGUACUGAUCCGGCGGGGGAUGAUUGCACGACUUUCGCGGGAACUGUGAAUCUUGAAGUUAAAGGUUACGAACGUAUGUAGCAUACCCUGCUUGAUAGGUUGCAACGGAUUGUGUUAGUGUCUUGUGCA